CCCAGAACACAGUGCCUUCCCUCUCUUUGCCUGGCUGCAGAGGUUCCUCCUUCAGAAAAGGGUCCCAGUGUGCUGUGGGAGGCAGGGUGAGGAGGCUGUCCGGCCUCAGGCGAGGAAGGAGAAGCACAUGGAAGGAAGGGCAGCAGGAAGCCUGAACCUGACUGCCAUGAAUGGCCAGCCCCAAUCUUGGGCCUCAGUUUCCUCAUCUGUCUGGACUAGGCCAGGCCACCACCAAGCCAGAUCUGGCGCCAGUGGAGAAAGGAGACAGGGAGGCAACUGCAGCCUGCCCAGUGUGGAGAGGGGCCAGAGCCCGGGCACUGGGCCCUGGUUAAUUGUGGAGCCAACCUGGUGUGUGGCAGCCAGGUCGGGCUGGUGUCUUCAGAGUGGCUGUGUCAGAAGUGCCUCGUGUAUGACAGAAACGCAGGCCAGCUGGAACAUCCCCAGGCGUUCUGUCCUGGAUCAAGCAAGAGGAAGGGGCAAGUGGGAGGAGCCAGCAGGGCCCACAGGAGACCACUGUGGCACACCUGUGCUCAGAGACCUGUCUGGGCCGCAGAGAGAAGAGGAGUCUGGAGGCCCCCCGAGCCAGGCUGAGCCAGCCGCUAGGGGCACGGAGCAGUGCCCACCUUGCGCCCAGUGUGGCCAGAGCUUCGGCCGGAAGGAGCUCAGUGCGCCGCACCAGCGCGUGCAUCGUGGCCCCCGGCCUUUCGCUGGUGCUCAGUGUCCCAAGAGCUUCACGCAGCGGACCACCCCCGCCAGCCACCGUCGGGCGCACGUGGCCGAGUGCACCUACACCCGCGCCCAAUGCGGCAAGACCUUCCUCCAGCAGUCGACGCUCACACCCACUACUGCGCGCACAUCGGGGAGAAGCCCUACGAGUGCGUCAAGCUCUUUGGCCGCCUGUCCACGCUGCUGGAGCACCGGCACACGCACACGGGUGAGCGGCCCUUCCAGUGUGCGCAAUGUGGCUGCUGCUUCAGCCGCCUGUCCACGCUGCUGGAGCACCGGCACACACACAUCAGCGAGAAGCCCUUCCAGUGUGCGCAGUGCGACAAGCGUUUCACGCAUCUGGCCAACCUGACCGUGCACCAGAGAGUGCACUUGGGCGAGCGCUCCUUCCAGUGCGCCCAGUGCAGCAGGAAAUUCACGCAGAAGCCCGGCUUCCUGCGUCAUCUGUGUGGCCACUCGCAGGAGAAGCACUAUCCUUGCAGCC